GUAAUCCGGGAGCUCAUUGGCCGGCUCGGAAGCAUCUGCAAUUCGGACGAGAUCUCCGCACCUUCUACUCACUACCAAAGCGCCAAAAAUUCUUGCUACAGUACUCCAAUGAAUUCCCCUCCAAAGCUUAAUCUCUCCAUUAUCCCAAAUCCAGCCCAUAUGCCCUUCUCGGCUGAUCCCGGCUUUGUUGAGAGGGCUGCAAGAUGUUCGACCUUUGGUUACAGUGAAGGGGGGCGCCAUGGAGGCGGACAGUUUAUGUUCCCUGAUAUCGGGAAGCUGGGAAAUGCUCAGGAGGAGUCCACAGGUUCUGGUAAUACAAAGAAAAGGAAGGUGGCAAUGAAAGGGAAAGGAAAGGAGGUUCCUUUAUCAUCCUCCAUCACCGGGGUCACCAACCCUCCUAAGAAGGGGGGAGUGGGGGGCACAAAUACAAAGAGAAGUAAGCCCUCAGAAGAAAGUGGAGUUGAGAAGGAAUCAGCAAGGCAGGAGGGGGAUGACUCCUCCGAGAAAAUGGAAGAGGAAAAAAUGAGUAAGCCACCGGAAGUAGCCAAGGACUACAUUCAUGUGCGCGCAAGAAGAGGCCAAGCCACUGAUAGCCACAGUCUGGCAGAGAGAGUUAGAAGAGAGAAGAUUAGUGAAAGGAUGAAACUUUUACAAGAUCUUGUGCCUGGUUGCAGCAAGGUGACUGGGAAGGCAGUAAUGCUUGAUGAAAUUAUUAAUUACGUACAGUUGUUACAACGCCAAGUUGAGUUCCUUUCUAUGAAACUUGCCACUGUUAAUCCUCAGCUAGACUUCAACUUGGAUAAUUUUGUCACAAAAGAUAUGGAGAUUCAUCAAAGCUGUGGGCUUCUGCCUCCACAACCAGAGUAUCCAUUGGAGGCCACCUCAAGCUCAUUUUCUUUCACAAACCAGCCUGAGAGAACACCACUAAUCUCCAUUAAUGGCCUCGAGCUCGGGUGCCAAGUGAGCCCCUACAACCCUCCACACCUCAGUAGAAAUUUUAGCAUGCAGCAGCCUGCUCUAGAGGGCUUUGCGGAUGCCUCAUGUCAGCUUGGGACAUUCUGGGAUGAUGAUCUCCGGACUGUAGUUCAGAUGGGCUACAGCCAAAAUCAGGAGAAUGUCUUCCCCUCUCAAAGCUUUCAAGGUUUACAUGAAUUCAAAGAAGGAAAAAACUUCAAUGAACUAGACUGUUAGCAGAGUUCAGAACUGAUGAAUCAUCCUUCUUUAUCUGAAAUUUUGUUGCGGGCUCAGUGACCACAACGUCACAUGGAAGUGGAACUAUGAUGGCCAUGAUUAACUCAUACCCAAGAGAGCUUUGUAAAUAAUAAGGCGUUAUUUAUGAGCAAUGAGGCUUCAGAACUAAUCAACCUUUGAGUUCCAUCAGAAAAAUUUCAUUGAUAUCGUUUUGCUUUCGUACUAGGAUCAAUGCUAGAAAUCAUAAUUUUUUGCCUUGUUAAUUGAACAUUUAUGAUAUUUUCAAUGUAUAAAUGUUGAAAUUGAGAGUUGGAUGGAAAGUUCCCAUAAAUUUCUGUUCAAAACUAUUUCUGUUUGAGCUGGAGCCAACUCCAGAUUGUAGAUUAUAAAGUCCUUUUCUUACAACCACUGAUAAGUACACAGCUUUCAACCACCAGUAGGCAUAAAGAGCUUUACUCCAGUGUUGGCAAGUUAAGCAAAUAGUUAGUUGUCACAAGAAUGGCAUCAAAAUCACCAGGUUGGCAAGUUUGAAAUUUGCAAUUUUGGUUCCACCAAAGAAAAAGUCUUUGUUCUGGACUCCAAUCUUCUAUUGCUUUACAGUUCACUUAAGAAAAAAAAAAUUAAAUAUCUACAGGAGGAUUGAUAUACAGGGAGGAUGAAUAGAUUCAUUCCAACAAAGAGCAUCUUACGGUUCAAAAAUCCCAAAACACAGCCCUUUAAUUUUUCCAUUAAAAAAAUAUAAGAAGAGGAGUAUUGCAGACAUUCAGAGCCCAAAAUACAUAAGUUAAAAAGCUUUUGCUUUCUCUGGUCACUCUACAGAUCAGCAUUGUUGCAUAUAAACUCGUUGAAGUUUUGGAUAGAUAAUUCCUGAAUGGAAGGCAUUGAUUCUUCCUCAGAUUUUUGGAGAAAAGUUGAGCUGAUUUGGUGGUCCUUAAGAAUUUGUGGGCCUUGUGGCGGUGAUAAUAACCUCUAAACAGAAAACCAAUAACCAGACUGUCAAGAUGGUGGCUUUAACCAACCAUGAUCGACAACACAUCACCUUCAUCCUCCAGGCUUGACAGGAAUUGCAGGAACAGAGUUUGGACUGUCUUCAGUCAGUAAAUGCUCCAUGUUCAGGUCGCUCUCAGGAAACCUCUAUGUGUAUGGCUCAUUUUUAUGAAUUCUGGUAGUUGUCUGGUGGUUUAAUUUCUCAACAUCUACUGUAUACAGUAUGCUAUAGUGUUAUGAAACUU